GUGUGUGUGUGUGUGUGUACAACGAAUUCCUGUUCAUUAAGUGAAGAAUUCAGAUUAGGGACCCCCUGAGGAAAAAGGAAAGAAAACAGCAGGACAUCUCAAAGAAUGGGAAAUCUACUUAGACACAUGACUCCCCGGGCCAACUCCUUGUCCUCCCCCUGGCCAAUAGAUGAGGGCGUGUCUAGUUGUCCCCUAGACAGACAGACAGUCAUCAUCUCCAUCAGAGCCUUUAUCUCCCUGAAAGCUGCAGGGCCAGACGGUACCCGGUACCCGAAAGCAUCUAAAAGGUAAGGUCCAAGGUUGGAGGCUUCAUGCAUAUUGGCAUGCAAAUAAAAGGGCUGGGGCAGGGACUGGGCAGGAAGGAUGAAGAGUCCAAGACUCCAGUCAAAGAAGCUGUAGGAUGGUCAAUAAACUGCCUUGGGAAUUGUUUUUAAAAGCAUAUAUUUUAGUUGGAGUGGGGGUUGGGAACAGAGAUACUACCUUUUGCUACUGUUGGGGACUUACCGCUCAGUCCAGCUGAAGUUAAGAAACCUGUGCAGUGGCUUUAGGAGGCCUGACACAUGCUGGCUACAAUGGUACAGGCACCUCAGUGUCCAUAGAACUCACAGCCCUCCCCCUGUGUGCACGGAUGUGAGUGAACUGCACAGACGUGUGUGCUCAUAUGCACACACAUGUGUACAUAAAUAUGUCCAUAGAUAGCUACCCAGCUUUCCUGAUGGGAAAACACUCUGACAACCACACACAGACUCUCUGGUUUCUAUGAUAUGUUUCUAAAAAGUUCCAUUUCUAAGUCUAUUUUAUGAACGAACACCCUUCUUUUACAUUGUAUGUCAAUUAUAAGAUUUGUCUCCAAGUUAACUGGUUGCUCCUAAUAUGGGCGGGGCCUUAUUCAUUUCUACACCUCCGGAGGCAAGUUCAGAGACUGCAACUCAGUAGACACCCCAUGAGUGUUUAAGUGACUGCAUGAAUGAGUGACCUUAGACCAACCACAAGAAGGCCUAGGGAGAAGGCCCACUUGUUAGUGAGCUUACCUAACAUGCAGGAAGCUCUGGGCUUGGUACCCCGCAUCUCAUACACCAGGCGUGAUGGUGCACACCUGUAAUCCCAGCACUUGGGAGGUGGAGGCAGGAGGGUCAGAAGUCCAAGGUCCUUCUACAUAGCAAACUUGAGGCCAAUCUAGGGUACAUGAGACCCUAUCACAAAAGCAAAAGCCAAAGAAAACAAAAGUCUUUUUAGUGUAGUUUCUCGAAAGCUAGUUUUUUGUUUUGUUUUGUUUUUUGAUGAAGAGUUUGUUCUGAAUAUGUGGUUGUUUACUGGAGAGUAUCUGUGCAAAUGUGCAAGUGUGUCCAGUGCACAGGUGAGUGGACGGGAUUUUCUAAGCAUGUCUGUGGUGAGAUGAGUAAGCCAGCCUGUGGGAGCUGUCAGUGGGAGCCUGAGUGACUGAUGGCCGCACUGUGAGCUGCAGUGAGGGAUGGCUAAUGAUCCCUCCAGACACAGCCUGGUCUUCAAGGAGCCUUAGUGGCAGAUGAGCCUUCUGAGGAAGCUGUGUGGUGGAGGGCAAGAGUGAGCAAACAUGCCGGUCGGAGGUUGGGUGACUUUGUGGGCCAUUCCCACGGGGCACUAAAGACCUCAGAUACCAGCCCUUCUACCACCUACCCACAGGAUGGACAUCAGUGGGAUUCAGCCAUUCCCGCUCCUAUUUCUCCCAGAACCCCAUGAGGCUCCUGGCUUUCCUGAGUCUGCUGGCCUUGGUGCUGCAUGAGGCAGGAACAGCUUCUCUCCCAGGGGAAAGGAAGAGAGAAGAGCAGAGUCCCAAGGAAGGUGACACUUACGCAUUUCUGCAUGUGGGGAACUAUGCCCUGAGCCUGGAGGACUACAGUGACGUCAUUGACCUGAGCAGCUAUGAGGAACCAGCCGACUAUGGGGACCAGACCCCUGAGGCUAAAGUGGACAGUCUGACUCUCCCAACAAGAACCAGCCCCUCCCAGAACACUGUGGCUCCAAACCUCACCAUGACCAAGCCUACCACCACCGGCCUACUGACCUCCCAGAGCAGUCAUGGCCUGCCUACCUGCCUGGUCUGUGUGUGCCUUGGCUCUUCCGUGUACUGUGAUGAUGCAGACCUCAAGACCAUUCCUCCCCUUCCCCAGAUGACCACCUACCUGUACGCCCGCUUCAACCACAUCAGCCACAUCCGGGCCGGAGACUUCAAAGGGCUGACAAAACUGAAGAGAAUUGACCUCUCCAGCAACUCCAUCUCCUCGGUCCACAACGAUGCCUUCCGCCUGCUGCCUGCCCUGCAGGGUCUCAUCCUCUCAGAGAACCAGCUGGCAGCGCUGCCUGUGCUGCCCAGCGGCAUCGAGUUCCUGGAUGUCCGCCUGAAUCGGCUGCAGAGCUCGGGGAUACAGCCUGAGGCCUUCGUGGCCCUGGAGAAGCUUCAGUUUCUCUACCUGGCAGACAACCUGCUGGAUUCCAUCCCUGGGCCUUUGCCUCUGAGCCUGCGCUCCCUGCACCUGCAGAACAACGUGAUUGAGACCAUGGAAAGAGACACCUUCUGUGGCCCCAGGGAACACAACCCCGAGCUACGGCAGCUGGAAGACAUCCGCCUGGACAGGAACCCGAUCAAUCUAAGCCUUUUCCCCGAGGCCUAUUUCUGCCUGCCAAGGCUCCCUGUGGGCCGUUUCACCUAG